AGCCUGGUAGCAAUAUAGUCCCAGGUCUUUCUCUGCCUCUGUGGUGGACAGUGGAGUGUUUCCCAUGUGGUAUUGGUGUGCUGGAUAUCCCUUCACUGGUAGCCUGGUAACAUACACUCCCAGGUCUUUCUCUGCCUCUGUGGUGGAUAGUGGAGUGUUUCCCAUGUGGUAUUGGUGUGCUGGAUAUCCCUUCACUGGUAGCCUGGUAACAUACACUCCCAGGUCUUUCUCUGCCUCUGUGGUGGAUAGUGGAGUGUUUCCCAUGUGGUAUUGGUGUGCUGGAUAUCCCUUCACUGGUAGCCUGGUAACAUACACUCCCAGGUCUUUCUCUGCCUCUGUGGUGGAUAGUGGAGUGUUUCCCGUGUGGUAUUGGUGUGCUGGAUAUCCCUUCACUGGUAGCCUGGUAACAUACACUCCCAGGUCUUUCUCUGCCUCUGUGGUGGAUAGUGGAGUGUUUCCCAUGUGGUAUUGGUGUGCUGGAUAUCCCUUCACUGGUAGCCUGGUAACAUACACUCCCAGGUCUUUCUCUGCCUCUGUGGUGGAUAGUGGAGUGUUUCCCAUGUGGUAUUGGGGUGCUGGAUAUCCCUUCACUGGUAGCCUGGUAACAUACACUCCCAGGUCGUUCUCUGCCUCUGUGGUGGAUAGUGGAGUGUUUCCCAUGUGGUAUUGGUGUGCUGGAUAUCCCUUCACUGGUAGCCUGGUAACAUACACUCCCAGGUCUUUCUCUGCCUCUGUGGUGGAUAGUGGAGUGUUUCCCAUGUGGUAUUGGUGUGCUGGAUAUCCCUUCACUGGUAGCCUGGUAACAUACACUCCCAGGUCUUUCUCUGUGGUGGAUAGUGGAGUGUUUCCCAUGUGGUAUUGGUGUGCUGGAUAUCCCUUCACUGGUAGCCUGGUAACAUACACUCCCAGGUCUUUCUCUGUGGUGGAUAGUGGAGUGUUUCCCAUGUGGUAUUGGUGUGCUGGAUAUCCCUUCACUGGUAGCCUGGUAACAUACACUCCCAGGUCUUUCUCUUUCUCUGUGGUGGAUAGUGGAGUGUUUCCCAUGUGGUAUUGGUGUGCUGGAUAUCCCUUCACUGGUAGCCUGGUAACAUACACUCCCAGGUCUUUCUCUGUGGUGGAUAGUGGAGUGUUUCCCAUGUGGUAUUGGUGUGCUGGAUAUCCCUUCACUGGUAGCCUGGUAACAUACACUCCCAGGUCUUUCUCUGCCUCUGUGGUGGAUAGUGGAGUGUUUCCCAUGUGGUAUUGGUGUGCUGGAUAUCCCUUCACUGGUAGCCUGGUAACAUACACUCCCAGGUCUUUCUCUGUGGUGGAUAGUGGAGUGUUUCCCAUGUGGUAUUGGUGUGCUGGAUAUCCCUUCACUGGUAGCCUGGUAACAUACACUCCCAGGUCUUUCUCUGUGGUGGAUAGUGGAGUGUUUCCCAUGUGGUAUUGGUGUGCUGGAUAUCCCUUCACUGGUAGCCUGGUAACAUACACUCCCAGGUCUUUCUCUGUGGUGGAUAGUGGAGUGUUUCCCAUGUGGUAUUGGUGUGCUGGAUAUCCCUUCACUGGUAGCCUGGUAACAUACACUCCCAGGUCUUUCUCUGCCUCUGUGGUGGAUAGUGGAGUGUUUCCCAUGUGGUAUUGGUGUGCUGGAUAUCCCUUCACUGGUAGCCUGGUAACAUACACUCCCAGGUCUUUCUCUGUGGUGGAUAGUGGAGUGUUUCCCAUGUGGUAUUGGUGUGCUGGAUAUCCCUUCACUGGUAGCCUGGUAACAUACACUCCCAGGUCUUUCUCUGUGGUGGAUAGUGGAGUGUUUCCCAUGUGGUAUUGGUGUGCUGGAUAUCCCUUCACUGGUAGCCUGGUAACAUACACUCCCAGGUCUUUCUCUGCCUCUGUGGUGGAUAGUGGAGUGUUUCCCAUGUGGUAUUGGUGUGCUGGAUAUCCCUUCACUGGUAGCCUGGUAACAUACACUCCAAGGUCUUUCUCUGCCUCUGUGGUGGAUAGUGGAGUGUUUCCCAUGUGGUAUUGGUGUGCUGGAUAUCCCUUCACUGGUAGCCUGGUAACAUACACUCCCAGGUCUUUCUCUGCCUCUGUGGUGGAUAGUGGAGUGUUUCCCAUGUGGUAUUGGUGUGAUGUCUUGUAGGAAAUCCACAGUCAGGGGAACCAAAAUCGAGCUAUUGGAAGCCAUACUAUUUGAGGGAUGAUUGAAUGCUCCGUCGACAUUUACACAACAGAACAAGCAUUUCACCGAUCCCUUAUCACUACAAGAUGGCAAGCUUUACCGAGGGUGAAUUUACCUCCCCACAAAGCUAUAUGCAUCUUGGUAACCAUAAAUGCUUCACAGAGUUUAAUUCCUAACUCGUGGAAAAACAACUUGCAAUUUUCAAAGUUUCGGAAAUCCAAAUUAUCGCAUCAAUGAGAAACCAAAUUGUCCAGUCCAUCUCUACCAUCUGCUCUACCAUACAGUCCCGAGACCUAUCCCUACCUCUCAUAUAUAAGGGAAAGAUAACAUAUGAGAGGAUGGGAUAGGCGCCGGGACUAUGUAGCAGGGCAGAGGGGAGAAAAGGUCCCACGGGAGCCUCCACCCAAAUGGAUUCGACAAUUUGGUUCCACUAUAAUCAUAACUUUCGUCCCACUGAUGCGAUAAUUUUGGCUUCCCAGAUUUUGAAUACGGCAAGUUGUUUUUACACGAGUUAUGGCUACCAAGAUGUGUAUGGCUCUGUGGGGUGGUACCAUAACCCUCAGUAAAGCUUGCCAUCUUGGGAGUGAUAGGGGAUCAGUGAAAUGCUGGUUCUGUUGCGUAAAUGUUGACAGAGCAUUCAGUCAUCGAUCGAGUGAGGUCAGCCAGUCUCAACCUACCCUGCCUCAUCUUCCAAUCACCUCCAUGCAUAAGACUCUCUGUUCAGCGUACUUCUCUCUAAGCAGAUCCGCAUAACAUUUGACCUCUGUUCAGCGUUCCCUCUAAGCAUAUCCGCAGAACACAUGACCUAAAUUUAAGGAACGUUCCCCAUACAACACAACACGGUUACCCUCUAUAUAACAUCAAUGAAGUCAGGGGUGUAUUUAAAAGCAUGAGUGAUUCAGAACAACUUGAGGAGAAUGACAAGAAGACGGAGAAUCUGUUGAUCGGGUAAGCUCUCGGAAG